AUAAGAAUUCACGACCCAGGGAAAUUAUAAAGCCCUCCAUCACGGAGCUAACUAAAGAGGUGCGGACGAAUAUCCUCUGCACAGUGGAAGGAUGCGGCAAGAUUCUCCCGAACACUCCAGCUCUGAACAUGCAUCUUGUCAAAUCACACAGGGUCAAGGACGGUCUUGUGAACCCCACGGUGAGGAAGAGCAUGAAGGGGUCACAGAAGCUUUACUGCUGUCCAGUAGAAGGCUGUCCAAGAGGAACCAGCAGGCCUUUCUCCCAGUUUUCCCUGGUCAAACAGCACUUCAUGAAGAUGCACGCAGAGAAGAAGCACAAGUGCACCACAUGCAGCAACUGUUACAGCACUGAGUGGGACUUGAGGAGGCACGCUGAGGAUUGUGGGAAGACCUUUCACUGUACCUGCGGGUGCCCUUACGCAAGCAGAGCUGCGUUGCUGUCUCACAUUUACAGGACAGGUCAUGAGCUUCCUACGGAGCACAGAUAUCCCCCAGUCAAAAAGAGGAAGAUGGAUGGUGCUGCAAAAGCCAGGCCCAAUGAGCAUGUGUAUCAAGUAGUGAAUAUGGGAAAAGAGCUUCUUUCUGACAUGUUGAUUUCAGCUCAUGGAGCCUCUUACUCAGAGCCUGGGAGCCAAAACUUAAAUUCCACAAAAAAUAUCCCAAAGCUUCUGCUGCCUAAACCAAAGAUAGCCCUCCUGAAUGUUCCCGUGAUGCAGUUUGCCCACGUACCAGUUCUCCUCUCCUCAGCAGAUAGUAAUGCCAUGAGAUCGGUCCUUCUGACUGUAGACAGCCAAGGCUCUGUAAUGAGUGCCGUUCACCUUCUUCCCCAAUCCGCGGGAGCAGUGAUACCAGCACUGGGUACAAGGACAUUGAGUUCCAGAAAUACUAUGCCUGUUCCCAGCCUUGGACUGGACGGUGUGAGUGUCGGAGUCCAAGUGAACUUGGACGGUGACUGCUAUGACCAUAAUCUGGUAAGUGACGUGGAACACAGGGGCAAGAGCACAUCUGCUGAUAUCCAGACCGAUAUAACUUAUCUCUCAAAGGGCCACCCACCAGUACCGCUGUGCUCUCUUGGCGAGGCCUUGGUUUCAUCAUGCUCCCAGACAGACAUUAGUGUUGGCACUCAGGUCCUACUUCCUGUCAGUGUAGAGACACAGACCUUUCCAUCACUGUCCAAAAUCACCUCCUCCAUAAGUGCACAGACAGACUCUUUAGGCCAGACUUACUCCUCCUCAUACCAUGUCACUAGGGAGACGCAGACAAAUUACCGCCUGGCCAUCUCUGAGGAUGGAGGGCAGAUUGACCAAGCUGUGAUAUGUGCAGACAUAUUUAAUAGUGAGGCCCUCGGUGUUUCGACCCAAUCUGUCUCAAAGGAAGGACUUUUCAGACCCGACAACGCUGUUGAAGAACCUCUGAAUGGCAGUGACUCCUGUCCGUACGACAGUAAGUCUACUGGGAUGAUGUGUUUCAGUGCUCAGACUGACCUGCUCCACCCAAACCCCAUGGCAGACAACCAGACACAGACUAUGACAUUGUUCAGUGACUUUGAGAAAAUGCUGUCUGACAGUAUGGACAGCAGUGCACUGGAGAGCCACAGCACACUGUCAGAUGCCACAGCUAGCUGUGAAGUGGAACUAGCAUCCGACCAAGAACAAACGCCGGGCAUCGACUUCGACUUUGAAGAGUUUUUAAACGCUGUGCAUAUUCAGACACAGACUGAGGAGAGCGAGCUUCUCACCUUGAGUUCUGAGACUCACUUGGAGUCACUUGACAUCGAAACUCAGACAGACUUCCUGUUCUUCAGCCACCUGCCAGACUGUGAUGAGAAUGGAAAGGCUCAUUCCAACGAUCUUGGCCUGGAGAUGUUCGACACACAGACACAAACUGACCUCAACUUCCUUUUGGACACAACCAGCCACAUACCCCUGGGGAACUUCCUCAAGCAAUCAAGCUUCUCUGUUAGCACUGAGUCCACAGAUAUGGAGACACAAACGGACAUGUUCCAGCCUGAUGGCAGCCAGGUGACACUUAGCAGUACAGAGACGCAAACAGUGACCAGCUCUUUCGAGAGCCUGGGCAGCCUGUUCCUGACCAGUAACGAGACCCAGACGGUAAUGGACGACUUUCUGACUGCCGACCUUGCCUGGAACAUGGAUUCUCAUUUGAGCUCUGUGGAAACCCAGACCAGUGAUGAGUUCUUCUCUCUCUUUCAGCACCCUGAGAAACCCAACAGUUGAGUAUUCCUGGUGUCAGUCACUGAAAGGGCAGUUUCUGAGCCAGUUCGGUGUGCGGGGUGGGGAUCUUUCAUCCCACUUUACUCUGAGACCUCAUGGGUAACAUGGUCAGGACAGAAGAGGUUAUUGGCAACAAUGUUAUUGUUUUGUAGAUAACAUUUCAAGAAUUUUUAUAACAUCAAAAGCACUUUAUCAUUUUAUGCAUUCCUUUCCCAAUACCCCAUAUGAUUAAUUUGCACAAAAAACAAAGUAAGUAUUUUGUUGUACAGUAUCUAUAUAUUCCAAUAUGAACACUAAUAUUGAGCGGGCCAGGCUUGCCUCCUGUGAGAAUAUUAUAUGUGUAAAUGGAGAUUAGCAUUUGGAAUCACAGGGUGUCAGCAUUCAUAUUAUGUAGUCAAACUAUUGUUCCAGAACACCACAAACUGUUUGUUGCAAGUUCUGACUUUUGCCAUCUUUGAUUCAUUGAUAGCAUACCAUUCCCACCAAUGUAAACAUCAAUACUGUAAAGAACACCUCGUCAUAACUUGAUUUCAGCUACACCAGUGACUCUUACAGUAAAUAAGGAAUAAUCCAAGGUUAAAGGGUUUUAACACAUGAACAAAGAACCACCUGACACGAAUCCACCUUGGACUAGAUUAUUCUGCUUAUACCAUACCUGCAAAUGCAGGCAAAAGCAAUCAAACAACCAAUCAGAUAUUAGACCCUCCCUGCUGGCUUUGAUGGGUGAUAUUUUCAGAUUCAAUUAUUUCUCAGUUCACACUCAUGCCAACAAUCCUGAAAUAAUGAAAUGUGGAAAUGAUUAAUUGAGGAUAUAUAUCAUUUAAUGUGGAAAUAAUUUUGCAUGUAUUUAUUUAUGUUGACAUUUCACUAUUUGUGUAAUUAUUUAGUUAUGCAACAAUAGUUCUCCAGUCUUAGCCCAUUCAUUAUACACAAUAUAUCACACAAUUUAGCUAACAUAGCUACCUUCUCUAUUUUGUGUUGGCUAGCUACUAAAGGAAAAGAUUUGCAAAAUGCCAUUUCAAGACGUCACAUAUUAGCUAACUAAAGCCAAUAUUUUAAUGCUUAUCAUUACAGCAUUAGCUUUUUGGCCAAUAAUAUCUUGAUGUAAUUCACAAAACCACUCAUGUUUCUAUCAAAUGCCAUUUCAUAAUAGCUUUAUUGACCUGACAAAAUUGUGGUCAUUAAAAAUGCCUUUCAGCUCAUAUUAUACUGCCAUAGCAUUUCACCAAGGACACGCAAGGGGCUACGGCUCAUUUAGCUGAGCAGGCAGCGCAUUAAUUUAAAAUGGUGAUUAAACUUUACCUGGACUACCUGUACAUUAUACAGUUUUAAUGCGUGCAUACCCUCCAAUCAGGAGCGAGUAUUCACCCAGAACAUUGUAUAAUUAUGCCUACUGCAGGAUUUUAAAGGCAUUGAGUUUGACUGUUACAGAAUACAUGCACUCCCAUCACUUCCUGUGCUGCUUGUUGCACCCUGUAAUUGGUUGUUUCAUUUCAGCACACCUUCCAUUCCCGUUGGACCUUUAAUGAGCAAAUACUUUAAUGAUUUGUGUUCUAUAUUAAUAAGGCAAAUCAACAUGCUGUGAAAAAGGAAUUUGAAUACAAUAGGUCCUUGCAGGGUCCAGAUAAUCCCAUAUAGGAGACUGAAAGUGUAGAAGCUCUCACUUUAAUAAUGCUCUGACAUGACUGCAUGUUUUAUAUUAUGACCUUUCAUGAGCUUUCUGACUGGAAAAUUCAUACUUCAUGUUAAAUAGUUUUCAAGUUUGAUGAUUUGUGAUUUUGCAUAUACUGUACAGUAUUGCAUCUAUUUACUUUUUGUUGUUUUCCGGGUACUGAAUGAAUAUUUAUUUUUGGUGUUGCUUUUCAACAAAUUUCAACACCGUGCUGCUUCUUUAGGAAGGGACCCAGAGUGAAGUUAUUUCCCUAAUAAUGUUAAAUAUAUUGCAGAACAUAUUGUGUAUCUAUUGAGCAAGUAUAUUAAUACUGUUUUUUUCUGAAUAGAUUCAUAUUUGAGUAUUUUUGGUUCUAUAUAUUUUCAAUGUCAAAUCUGAAAAAAUGUGUAUUCUUAUUUAAAAUUUGUGUUUGUAAAGCACAAUAUUUUUUGAUGCUGUGUUUUUGUCCUGUUGUCCCACAAUGUGGGACUGAUUUCAUGGAACCAUUCCUUGUGCUGUUUUUUGGUUUUGUAAUACUGGCUGUUUACUGCGUGUUUUGGACACAUGGAAUAGUCCUCUUUACUUAAACUAAAAAACUGCUGGGGAUUGUUGUUUUCUGUACAUAAGAUGGACAUGUGGUUAUGAGAACACUACUUCCAAUUUAUCGCUGCUUUGACACCGACUGAUGUUAUUUUGGUGAAGCUGAAUAUGUACAUAUACCUUAAAAUCAUCUUUUUCUGUAGAGAAUGCACUUCUUUAACUUAUCUGUUUCAGGAAAUUUCUUUAAAAUUAAGUAUUGGGCUUGCAUAUUUAUUUAAGUUUCCCAUGGCAAAAUGGACUAUUAAGUUACAGUGGCUUCAGAAACUAUUCAGACCCCUUCACUUUUUGCACUUUAUUGUGUUGUGUAUUUACUUUUAAAUGGAUAAAGCUGCCAUUUUUGCCCAUCAAUCUACACUCAAUAACCCAUAACGAUAAGUGUUUUUAGAAACCCUUGCAAAAACUUAAACUAUUCAGACCUGUUGCUGCCACACUCCAAAUUGUGGUCAGGUGCAUUCUUUAAUUAUCUCUAAGAUGUGUCUAGAACUUGAUUGGAGUCCACCUGUGACAAAUUUAAUUGAUUGGACAUAGUUUAGGAAGGCACACACCUGUAUAUACUUAUUGAGCUCUUUAUUAGGUAUUUAAUAGACUUAUUUUUUAGACUUAAUGGUCUUCUGCUGCUGUAGCCUAUCCACUUUUAGGUUUGACGUGGUGUGUGUUCAGAGAUGCUCUUCUGCAUUCCACUGUAUGAAUAGGUCUGAAUACUUAUAUAGAGAGAUUAAAAUUUUGAUUUUUAAUACAUUUGCAAAAAGAAAUUCACAUGUUUUCACUUUUUCAUUAUGGGUUAUUAAGUGUAGAUUGAUGGGCAAAAAUGCCAAUUAAAUCUACAACACAAUAAAGUGCAAAAAGUAAAUGGGUCUCAAUACUUUCUGAAGCCACUGUAUAUGUUCAGCUGUCAAAUGCAGUAGUUACACAAAAUAAAACGGUUCAGAAAAGGCA